GAAAAUGACAAAUAUAAUGCACUGUCUUGUACACUAGGUGGCGGUAUGCACUUUAAGGUGUGUGCGAUCUGCCAUUAAAUCGAGAGAAGAAGAAGACUUUCCAAAGGCGGUCUGUUAUAGCAACCGUGAAGUGGAUUCACCAACAAGAAGGCUCUUUUACACCCACGAAUGGAAGUUGCUGAAUGUUGUGGGAUAUUAAUUCACAUGAUCCUUCAACGAGAGUCAAGGUGCCAUCAGAACAUUGCUAAAUGGGAAUCCUUUCAACAUCUCUGACAGUCUGGUUGGCUCCUUCCUGAGCAAUAUCAGUCUGGCAAAUAUGGAUUGUGGUGGAGGAACUAAUGACGUGCAGCAGGAGCUGAACUCUGUGGAGUCAGAGCUGGAGUUGGUGGAGCUGCAGAUCUCCGAUCUCCAGGAGAAGCAAGCUGAGCUGAAUGAACGGAAAAAUGCCCUGCUGCAGGAGCUGGAGGAGGCCUGUGAUGCCGCACAGCCAUCAUCGUCUUCCUCAAAGUCAUCUGGAGCCACUUCUGUUAUUAGCAAGCAGGAGAUGCUGCUAUAUGACGGCACAGAUUUUCCAUGGUCUGAAAAUUUGGAGCAGCACCUGAAGGACACGUUCCAUCUCUCCACGUUCAGACCACUGCAGCUGAGGGCCAUGAACCUCACUCUGUCGGGCAAAGAUCUGUUCCUGGUGAUGCCCACAGGGAGAGGGAAGAGCCUCUGCUACCAGCUGCCAGCAGUCUGCUCCAACGGUUUUACACUGGUUGUCACCCCCUUGCUGUCCCUAAUGGAGGACCAGAUCAUGUACCUGAAUUCCAUCGAUGUGGCAGCAGUCAUGCUAAAUGCGUCCAGUAGCAAGGAGCACGCCAAGAGCGUCAUGGCUGGAAUGACGGAUCCGAAGGCCCCUUUCAAGCUGCUGUACGUGACUCCAGAGAAGAUUGCCAAGAGCAAGCUGCUCAUGUCUCGAUUGGAGAAAGCCUACAACGCAAACCUGCUGAGUCGUAUCGCUGUGGACGAGGUGCACUGCUGCAGCCAAUGGGGACACGACUUCAGAACAGAUUAUAAACUGCUGGGUAUCUUAAAGAGACAGUUCCCCAAAGUGCCACUACUCGGACUCACAGCCACAGCGACCAGCAGCGUCCUCAAGGACUGUGAGAAGAUCCUGUGUGUGCCAAAGACCACCACACUGACCGCAUCCUUCAACCGGACCAAUCUCUACUACGAGGUCCGUAUUAAAGAUUCUAACCAUGAGGCAUCAAUAAGUGACAUCGCUGCUCUGAUCAAGAGCAAAUACAAGGAUCAGUCAGGAAUCGUGUACGUGUUCUCUCAGAAGGAUGCAGAGUCGGUGUCGGCUGAACUCCAGAAGAGCGACAUCAUAGCUUUUCCCUACCAUUCUCACAUGGAGCCCGCAGAUAAAUCUCGCAUUCACCGCAAAUGGACCGCCAACAAAAUCCAGGUGGUGGUGGCCACAGUGGCGUUUGGCAUGGGCAUUGACAAGCCUGACGUACGGUUUGUCAUCCACCACACCAUCAGCAAGUCCAUCGAGAACUACUACCAAGAGAGUGGACGCGCAGGCCGGGACGACCGCCAAGCAGACUGCAUCGUGUACUUUGGCUUCUCCGACAUCUUCAGGAUCAGCACCAUGGUGGUGAUGGAGAACGUUGGUCAGAAGAAGCUCCUGCAGAUGGUCGACUACUGCCAGAAUGUUGACAGGUGUCGGCGCUCUCUCAUGGCCGUUCAUUUCGAUGAGAUUUGGGACGAUGAAGGAUGCAACCAGAUGUGUGAUACUUGCCGCCAUGCAAAAGAUUACACCACAGUGGACAUCACCGAGCAUGCCAAGCAGGUGGUGCAAAUCGUGGAAUUAGCGACGUCAAUGGAUGAGAAGCUGACUCCUCUGAAGGUGGUGGAGACGUGGAUAGGGAAGGGACCAGCCAAGCGCAGGAAGAUGAUCCAGACCACCACUCUGCCUCGGCUGCAGGCUGAAGCUGUGAUAGUGAGGCUGUUGCUGCAGGGAUACCUCAGAGAGGAUUUCAGCUUCACUCCGUACACCACCUACUUCUACUUGAAGUUGGGUCGCAAAGCUCCUCUGCUGAAGGUCGAAACACACACACUCAAGAUGAACAUGAGGACGACAGCGAGUGGAUCUGCCGUAAAAGCUGUGAGUGGCAAGGGCCAAGCCAAAGAGGGAAAGAGAUCAGUUCAAAGUGCUGGAGAUGCCCCUGUGUCCAAGAAAGUCAAGACAGACCUACCUUAACCCCCCCCACCCUGUCCAGAAGACAAGCUGACAAAGACAUAUCAGCCAACGAGGAGAUGGAUGUGAUCUUUGACCCCAUUGUUGUGGGCAACAGCUGUACCACCCCACCCAAACAGAAACUA